GGCAGGACCAGACCGACCAAACUUCCACACCCACCACAGGAAAAGUCGGGAAAAUACAUCUGUCCGCGCGCAUGACGCUGUUCCGUGUAUCCUGUGUGUGUUUGUGAAGCUGUUACGGUGAAGAUCAGGAGGGCGGUAAUUCAACCGGAGCGCUUGCGGAGUACUUGCCGCCACUUGGCCGCUGUUGAGGACGGUGUAGCUGGGUUUUGCAAAAGCUGGGACGUUUCGCAGCGAUGGAGAGAACGCACUAACCGGAUUUUGAAAUUGUGUUGUUUUUUUUUUCCUGGAUUAUCCUUUUUUUCUUUUUUUUUUUUUAAACCGACCCGGGUUGAUAUUUUUCAUUGUAGUGUGGAGUAAGGACAUACUUUGAAAAUGCCUGCGAAAACCAAGUACAACCUCGUUGAUGAUGGGCAUGAUUUGAGGAUCCCGUUGCACAACGAGGAAGCGUUCCAGCAUGGGAUCAACUUCGAGGCAAAGUACAUCGGCAGCCUGGACGUGACGCGGCCGAGCAGCCGAGUGGAGAUCGUGGCUGCGAUGAGAAGAAUACGGUAUGAGUUCAAGGUGAAAAACAUCAAGAAGAAAAAAGUCAACAUAGUGGUGUCUGUGGACGGCGUGAAAGUCAACCUGAGGAAAAAGAAAAAAAAGAAGGAGUGGACGUGGGAUGAGAGCAAGAUGAUGGUGAUGCAGGAUCCUAUUUACAGGAUAUUCUACGUGUCUCACGACUCCCAGGAUCUGAAGAUUUUCAGCUACAUCGCCAGAGACGGACAGAGUAACGUGUUCCGCUGCAACGUCUUCAAGUCCAAGAAGAAGAGUCAGGCCAUGCGUAUUGUCCGGACCGUCGGCCAGGCGUUUGAGGUUUGUCACAAACUGAGUCUGCAGCACACGCAGCAGAAUGCGGACGGACAGGAGGACUGCCACAGCGAAAAGAACGGCAUCGACUCCUCUGUCACAGGCGUGCGUGCUUAUCCACCACCUGUGUGUGUGUGUACUUUCAUGGGCUCAGCCCGGGAGCUUACAGGCGCAGAGAAGACGCCCACGGUCACCGAGGAGACGGACAUCGACGCAGAGGAGGCCGUCCAGUUGCCGGCGGCCGAGGAGUCGAGUCCCGACAGAGGAGUGACGGAUCUGGACGCCACGGCAACGGCAACGGCAACGGCAACCGCCACGGUCAAGGCGAUUGACCUGAACCACACGGAGAGCAAGUGUCAGCCUUCAGAGGAGGCCUCGCUGCUGAUCGCCAGCCCCAGGAUGCUGCUCCCUGCGUCGGGUGCGCUGCCACCACCACCUGCCCCUCUCUCUGUCCACCACCAGAUCCAGCUGCUCCAACAGCAGCUCCAGCAGCAGCAGCAGCAGACACAAGUGGCUGUGGCACAGGUCCAUCUGUUGAAGGACCAGCUCAGUGCAGAGGCCACUGCUCGCCUGGAGGCUCAGGCUCGAGUCCACCAGCUGCUGCUGCAGAACAAAGACCUGCUGCAGCACAUCUCCCUGCUGGUUAAACAGAUCCAGGAGCUGGAGACCAAGAUGUCCGGACCACACUCCAUGGGAUCUCAGGACAGUUUGCUGGAGAUCACCUUCAGGUCUACGAUACCUCCUGUGAUCUGCGAUCCAACAACACCGAAACCAGAUGUCUCUGCUCUUAACUUCCCCGCACUGGGCACCAAUGACGGGACAAGUAACGCCUUCUCAUCCUCCAACGGGACCCUGGGAAGUCCUCUAGUCGAUCAAGGUAUGUUUGAGAACUCCGUCGCCCAGCAGCAGAGUCCUCAGACCUCGAGGCCGGGCCAGCCCUCGGCCAGACGCUCCCCAGCAUCUGCUAAUCCCAAUCUGGGGUCAGGCGCCGCGGACUCUCCAUCCUCAGGAGGACAACAGAGGCUUAAAAAUGCCAUUAAUCUGGGCAAGGCUGUCGGCGCGAAGGUCAACGACUUGUUAAGAAGAAAGGAGCCCAGUCACCUCGGGGACAUCGGGGUAACUGAGGUUAACAAGAGUGUUGGUGCUGUAUGGAGCCGAAUGGACGAACUCAACCACACCACCGCUAACAGUCACAUCUCCUCCUUCGACUCCUUCCCUCGGCUGGACCCUCCGCCCCCGUCAGGGAAGAAGCGUCUGCCUCGGGCUCUGAAGACCACCCAGGACAUGAUGAUCUCCUCUGAUCCCGUGGUCUCCUCUCCAGACGCCGCUGACACUUCCUCCUUCCUCUCCUCUCCAGAGAAGACGCCGCUCAUCGCCGAAGAGGAGCAGCAGCAGCAGCAGCAGCAGCAGCAGCGGGGCGAGACGGAAGGAGAGGGGUCGGAGGAGAUCGUGAAAGCGGAGGAGAAGGUCGCCGCUGAAAGUCCAGCUGAUGGAGUGGUAGAUGGAGGAGAGGAGGAUGUGGAAAGCACAAAAGAAGGCGCGGCGGAGCAUCAGACGCAGCUCCAGCUCUCUGUUCCAGACCUCAUCAAUAAAGAUCCGCCCCAGCUGGAGACCCGAGCCAAACCCUGCGACGUCUGGCAGAAGGCUCCGGGGCCAGACUCCCGCCUGGCCUCCACCCCCCGCUCGGGGAAAACUCCCUGCCGCAUCAGCCUGGGAGAAGAGGUCCUACUGGGGAAUGGCGCCCCCUGCAGUAAAGUAACAGGAGCGAGCACUGAAGACUCAGAGCAUCACCCUGACCUGCUGUCCUUUGAGUGACAUGCAGAGCCGGGGUCAGAUUUAAGUUUAGUGGUUAAACAUUUUAAUUUCAACUCAUAAGACUGCUGAUCAAAUAUUUACCACCACUUUUUUUCUAAAUCGCAUCCUGCUCCGGGGUUUUUUCUAGGAAAAGGGAACAAGGGCUUCCAGGAACGAGGGCAGGGACCUGAUCUGUGUCUCUUUUUUAAAAAAUAUUUUAUAUGUGUGGGUAGUAACAGUUAUGGCUGCUUUAAGUACAGACACUGCUAGCUCCCUUCCAAAAAGACGAACAGCCGCAAGUAGCAAAAGAAGAAAAAAGGUCUGAGGUUGAAUAUGGUGCAAAGAAAAAAGGACUAUCAUUGUAUGCUAACAAUGUUUUAACUUUUUAAACAGCUUUAUAACCAGUCCAUUUUGCCGUGGGAAUGCAAUAUAAUCAGAUCACGUGAUCAUGAAUGUCAUAAAAUGUCCCUUUAAAUAGUCUCAAAAUGUGAAACCCUGUUAGUUUGUAUAAAACAGGCCAGAGCUGAACAUUAAAAGGUUUAAAAUACUAUAAUAGUUUAAAUACUUCUCAGAGCUCCUCAAAACAUGUCUGUGAAGUUUCUUGUUCUAAAUCCACUCUGGUCCUGUAUUUGAUCAGGCCUAUAACUCCCCCGUCUGACCACGCCCCCUCUCUGGAAGGGCUCGGGUGUCUCGGGCUUUCUCGCUCCAUGCUCUAUUGUUUUCGGUGAGAAGGCAGACUCAGAGGUUCAGAACAAACACCUAGCUGUGGGAGUGUCACCCACCUGGGGGAGGGGUUACUGCCCUUUGUGAUGUCACAAAGGGGAAAAUCUCCAAACGGCCUGUUUGAGCACACAUCUUCUUAGACAGGCUAGAGACACAUAUUAGUGUUAGAAAUAAAUGGUAAAGAGUAUGUUACAUAAUAUGUGAUCUUUACAACUCAGCUACGUAAAAUAUUUUAUAAUUGUGAUUGUUCUACAAUUGCUUGCCAGUGUAUAUAUUAUGUUCUGAUAAUUACUAUAUACUGGCAUCAUAUUAUUAAUCUUGUUUUGACAUUUUAAGAACCAUUUAAAGGGACAGUUGUUAUUGAAGUCAUACUGUAAGUCCAUUUUACACAUAAGCUGCUACAAUGCAAUCAUUAACCAGCUAAUACGUCUCAUAGCAGCAAUAACGUUCUGUAUAAUACAAGUUAGAGCUAAGAAAGGUUUUGAGAAGUAAGUGAAGGAGGAGUCAGAGGAUAUAAAAGAUGGAGACAGAAGCUGAAAGAAUGUGGAGGUGUCAAGGAUACAGGGGGGUUUUGUCAGAGUUCACUUUUCAUUCAGUUGGUACAAAUUGUUGAGCAGUGGUUUCUGCCUGAGUCUCAUCAGUAACCGGAGACCUUUUGACCCUCAGUCUUAUCCAUUUAAAAAAACAUCCAACCUUUCUUCUUUUGGUCCAGUGCUUUUUGUAGCAACGCUAACAUAACUUGUCCCCUCCUACACUCGCUUGUGGCACCGACUGUGACCCUGAGAGUGACCUUUUGAAGCUCCCAGUUUCUAAGACUAUUUUUGCAGAAAUCUAAACAACUGUUUGGCCAUUUAAAUUGAUGUUCUUCUUCUUUUUCUGUUACUGGAAGCACAUUCUGAACUUCCUCCACAUAAAGACCCUUUUGAAGUUUUGCACAGUGUGUGAUAGAAAGAAUCAGAUAAACUUCUUUUGGUGUCUGGAGGACAUAAAAUCCACUAAAUAAGAAGUUAAUCAGCUCCUCUUUACAUAUAUGCAUGUUUUUCUGAAUUUUUUUUUGCAUCAACAAUAUUGCAGUUGUUUUGCAGUUAGUUUUAGCCCAAAGCCAAUGACCUUUUUUUGCACCCUAGAUGCAAAGACCAUCAAGUCUCUGCUUGAGUGAAAUUAACAAAUAGUUUGGCAUCUUUUACUGUAUUGACCCCGGGUGAGAUGCAGAGAGAAGUUACAACGAUUUCCACAGUGUACAUACUACAUUCCUCAUACUGGGAAAUAAGAAAACUAUUUUAAAAUCGUUAAAUUAAAAGAAUAUAUAAUUUCUAUGCAACAUGAAUGAUAGACAACCAGCUAGCAUCAUCUUUUUUUGCAUGUCAUAUAUGCAGAAAUGUUCAUGUUGGGCUGUUUCUUCAUUUUAAAUAUAUUUCAGCCCAACACUCAAUGUGAACUGUGGUGCAUCCCUUCUCAUUAUUUUAAAAAUGUUGACGUUUUUACUCUCCAAACAUUUCCAGACUUAUUCACAGACGACCAAAUGAUUUGUUUGUACUCUUCACUUAAAAAACAACAACAAUUUUUCACCUUCAAUACGUCGACGCUAUCAGAAACAAAACUCUACUUUUUGUGCCACUGAAGCCUGAAAGUCUCUUUUAGACUGAAAACUGUCUGGCAAUAUUCCUCCUCCUGAACUGAAAGUGGACUUUGUCAAAAACCCAGAUCAGACCUGUAGAUGGAUGGAGGGACGAGCAGAUGGGCGGUAUGCGGCGGGUGGGCUGCUGAAAGUUGUUUUUAGAGAAAAGACAUGCAGAGAUAAUGAGCCGUCAACAGAGAGAGAUGAAAGACGAAUCAAGUGAAUAAUUAAGCGACGCACCAAAGACACAAGUUAGCGUCUCAGACCGACAUGUUGCUUUUAUCGUGUUGUGAAAUGGCUCUGAUAGUUUCUCCAUUUGAAGCUGGGAGCUGUCUGAGAAAAAAAAGAAGCAAUAAUUCUUUCAGAAGAUUUUUUUAAUCGACUAAAGAAAACUUUAAAACCAAAGUCACAGAAGUUUAAGUAGCUGUUCACACAUUUGUCUUUUUAAAUCAUCAUGAAUCAUGAAAAGAAAUAACAUCAUAAGAAGUGACAGAGUCAGGUGUGUUCAGCUGGUUGAAGGUGCGCUGACAUUAAGAGAGAGAAAAUAUCCUGCUGUUGGAUUAAUCACUCUGCUUACACCUCCUGUGUCUAGCUGCUGGAGGGGUAUAAUCAAACAAACAGUGACGUUUGUUUUAGCACAAUCAAAGUGAAUGUCUGACAUUUGUUCUGUGUGACUGUAGGAAGAUGGAUAAAUAAUUCUACACAGACACUAUAAAAUGGCCCAAUCUCCUGUGAGUUCCCACAGUGCGCCUCUGUGAGUGACCGCUGUGUCCUUGCAGAGAUUUCCUGAACCUAAAAAAAAAAAGAAAAAAAAAAAGUGCAACAAAUUCCCGCCUGACACUCAGACAGACACAGAUUCAGAUGUAGCUGCGGUCAGGUCGUGCCCUGCAGAAUGAGAGGAAUGUGGAGCUGGACUCUGGUAGAGAAAGGACGCUUUGUCUCUCUGACUCUGUCUUACAUACAAGCCGUGUCCUAAAAUAUCCACAAUUUAUUUUAAGACUAUUACAGAACAGCUGAUGUUCAAAUUACAAACACAAUCCACUGAAACAUCUGGACAGUUCAAAUAUUCAGAAUAAAACAGUUUGUAGUCAGGAGUUUGUGGAAACAAAUGCUGCUCUUAAGCUCUUCAGAUGUCGUGUUUUUAGUGCUUUUAGAGGCACACACAUUUAUCUCCCAUGUGAUAGGUGGGCAGAUGUUUCAGCAAGUGGAUAUCUGAAAGCGAUUCCCAUUGCUAGAAACAUUAACACGAACACGGGAGUAUGUUUGGACAUCUGGGUUGACGUAAGUCUAGAGGGAAAAGAGCAGAAGGGACAAUUGGCAAAAGAGAAAAAAUGUUGUGAAGGUGUGCGGAAACAGACGACAACAUCCCAGCAGUUUGAACACGAGUAUUUGACUAAACGUUGACAUAAAAGCUUUGAAAAGUUGUUAAUGCUUUGACGGUUUUGUGUUAAGUUCUUUAAAGGACCAAUAUGUAUCUCUGACACCUAGUGUUUAAAAAUGGGAACUGCAGUCCAAACUCAAAACAUUGGAGAGAGCUUCAGUGUUUAGCCAGCUCUGCACAAUUUUCCAAAACCAUCUCCAAUAUUUAUUCUAGUUUUACCAAGUUUCUGCUUAUGGAGCUUAUUAGAGCGUCUGCAUUUAAAAUGAUUAAGAAUAAGUUCUAUCUGAACCAGUUCCAUUCAUCGCUACAGCACCUGUUGGUUUGUCAUUUGCCUGUCAAACCAAGGUCAAGGGGCAAAACGGCCGUGUGGGGGUUCCUCAAAACCGCCUCCCUUCUCUGGUUAAAAACAAAAACUAACCAUCAGGACCUGAAUCUAAACUUAGAAGGAGGACAUACUGGCUUCUGCAUUGACAGAGAAGCCGGCACUUCAACAUAGCAUGUUUCCUUAACGUCUGAUGAUGUAGUAAGGUCAUUGUGUGAUUUAAUUCAGUAGAUAUCUUACAUAUCAGACCUUUAACUCUAACAUUUUAAAGUCCCUGUAAGCAGUAAAAACAUAAGUGAGUAGAUGUGCAGCCAAAAUUAAAGUUUGAUGGUGGGGGAUAAAAAAACGUCCUGUAACAGUCAGCUUUCAGCUAACCUGCUCCGUCAGGUCUCUGCGGCUGCUGUGUGAUCGAGUCUGACUGACGGGGCUGACAACAUAAGCAAAAAAAACUUCAAACUCACACCUGUCAUCACAUUUUGUUUCAAAUGUUGCACAGUGAGAAGGCACGGAGAGAAAAAACAAAAACACACACAUCAUUCAAUGAGGGGGGAAAAAGAAAAUGUUGUGGUCAUGUAUAUAAAAAGGACGCGUCUCCAUGGCCUCGAAACGUAAAGGAAGCGUUGAAGUCUUUGAGUCCUCUGCGUCACUGAUGUAGGAUCUUUCCCUCAGCACACGGAGAAAUGCUACACGCCUGAAUGAACCCUGUUUUUACAGAGGGAAUCUUUCACAUCACAUCACACUGACAGCGGCUGCUUGUAAUGAGUCUGAAGCUAACAGCAAUCUUAAACGCUGCUUUUUUUUGAUUUUAGAGAAUUGUAGCUCACGCUGAAAGAAGCUAAUACCAUUUUAAGUCAAUCAGAGCAAAUCUAUCCCACUAAAAUACAUCUUCUGAAACCACUACAGUUGAUUUAUUUGGUAUUUUCUGAUGAAGGAGCAGUGGUGUACAUUUUAUAUAAAGAUAUUUUAUCACUCUUUUUACAAUACCUGUGAAUAUACACAUCUGUUUCUCUAACAAAUGAAGGAAAGUGAUUGUAUUUUGAUAUAUUCAGAUAUUAGUUAGUUAGAGUUUGAUUAAAGAUAAAAUGAUCUGGCUUUGAUUUAUGCAGGUAAAUAUAUAUAUAUAUAUUUUGUCGAAUCUGUUGUUCUUGUAAAGCUGGUCGACUUAAUUUUCAAUUACAAUGAAUGAAGGAAUUUAAAUGCUGCAUGAAACAGAGCUUAUAUGGACUAUCUAAAGCAAACCCUGGGAUGUAUUUUUUACGGAUUAUAUUUGAAAACUUGCAAAUGAAAUGAUUUUUUUUUUAAUAUGAUGUAAUGCAAAUAUGCUACAAAAAUCAAAAUGGAUGAUUUUUGGAUUUGUUAGAUUUUCUCAUCUAUCUUCUUUUUUUUUAAUGGCAAUGUAAUGACUCCUGUACUGAUUGUAAUCUUUUAAAAAAAAAAAAGAAGAAAAAAAAUGGAUAUAGACUCUUA